UAUUAAUAAUCAAAUUUAGUUGCUACUUUCAUACUACUACAAUCCUACUAAAAAAUUGCAUUAAUAAAGGUGUUUAAUGUCAACUAGCGUUAGUAGUUACUUAUUUUAUUAGUAGUGUGGUAUGGUAUGUUUUGUACGCUACUAAAGCACACAUAACCUAAAACUGCAGUGUAUAGUAACCGCGUUUUAUAUGUAUAUAGACUGUAAAGCUGUAUGUUCAUUAUUAUGGACAACAUUCCCUCUGUAAGCAAUACAAAGCGACCACGAUCCACCAAUUGGGACGAGACGGAGAAAGAAGUGUUUUUGGAAUGCUUGCGACCAGAACUAAACAUUAUUGAAAAUAAAAAAAAACUAACUGUUUUAAAUAAGGACAAGAACUCUGCAUGGCAGAGAAUACAGAGAAAAAUGAAAGUUGAAGGGUACAAUCGAGAUGUACAUCGCAUGAAAGAGCAGUGGCUGCGAGUAAAACAGCAAGCGAAACGCAAUGUGGGACAAUAUAAAAGACAAGCAAAGCUAACUGGAGGAGGUCCUCCGCCUCCGGAGCCGACAGAUUUUGAUUGGAAAAUCAAAGACAUGAUUCCGCAUGACUUUGUUGAAGACAGCUCGUGCUUUGAUUCUGACACUACCCCUGUGUUACCUGCUAAUGCAGAGAACACGCAGAUUUCAUGUUCAACUAGUGAGCUUGAAAAGCACGUACCUUUAACUAGUCAGCAGGAGAAGUACCAGCCUUCAUCUAGCCAGGGUGAGAAAUUUCAGCCGUCAUCUUGUAUGUCAAAGAACCCCCCCUACUCUAAACGUUACGAUCACAACUACGUGACUGAGAGUUUCUCGGAUGAUAAAGUAUUGCAACUUGAUGAAUAUGAAGAGAUAAUAGAGGAGACAGGCACCUGUGACAUGGAUGAUGAAGAGGAUAACAAUGUAACUGGUGAACAAACUCCAAAGGCAGCCCCCCUGAAAAAGAGAGGGCAGGUAAAAAUGAAGGCAAUGACUCAAUAUGAGAGACAACUUCUUAAGUUGAAUGAAAAAAGAAUUGCCCAAAUGAUGAGACAUGCAGAAGAAUUACACGCACUCAAAAAGCAGAACGAAAAUAAACUGUUUCAAGAACAAUUGAAACGUUUAGGCGGAUCGAUACCUGAUACAGAGGGGAGUUUCUGAUCAUAAAAUAAGUUUAGU